AUGUCUGGUUACCCUCCUUCCAACCAAGGUUACGGUUACCCCGGAAACCCACCUCCUCCUCAACCCUACGGAUCCUCCGGCAAUCCACCUCCUCCUCAACCCUACGGAUCCUCCGGUACCAAUCCUCCACCCUACGGAUCAUCACCUUCCUCUCCCUACGCCGUCCCCUACGGCUCUCAACCUCCACCUUCCUCCGCUCCUUACGGCGCACCACCGUCAGCACCGUACGCGUCACCUCCCGGAGGAGACCACAAGCCGCACAAAGAGAAACCGCAAGCCGCUUACGGAUCUCCCGGUGGUGGUGGUUACGGUGGUCAUGGAUCGUCUGGUGGUGGUUACGGAGCUCCUCCGUACGGACAAGGAGGCUACGGAGGUCCUCCUCCUCCUCCUCAGCAGCAGCAGGGUGGUUACGGAAGUCCGUUUGCGUCUUUGGUCCCGUCGGCGUUUCCUCCGGGAACGGAUCCGAACAUCGUGACGUGUUUCCAGGCGGCGGAUCGUGACAACAGUGGUUUUAUUGAUGAUAAGGAGCUUCAGGGAGCGUUGUCUUCGUAUAAUCAGAGUUUCAGUAUGAGAACUGUUCAUCUCCUCAUGUAUCUCUUCACUAACAGUAACGUUAGGAAGAUCGGACCAAAAGAGUUUACUUCACUUUUCUACAGUCUUCAGAGUUGGAGGACUAUCUUUGAGAGGUUUGAUAAGGAUAGGAGUGGAAGAAUCGAUACGAAUGAGUUGAGAGAUGCACUGUUGAGUCUCGGGUUUUCAGUGUCUCCUGUGGUGUUGGAUCUGCUUGUUUCUAAGUUUGACAAGAGUGGAGGCAGGAACAGAGCUAUUGAAUAUGACAACUUCAUCGAGUGUUGUUUGACUGUAAAGGGGCUGACUGAGAAGUUUAAGGAGAAGGAUACAGCGUUAUCAGGAUCAGCUACUUUCAACUACGAGGCCUUUAUGCUCACUGUUCUACCCUUCCUCGUUGCUUAAGCUCGUUGGCUUAGCUGUUAUGGAGCUUUUGGAAUAAUUUGCUUUGUAGUUGAAUUCUGGAGUUUGCUCUUUUACCUUGUUUCUCGUUGUUGGUUUUGUAAGAGAUUUGGAUUUAAUUGCUUGUGGAAUAAAAUUUGACUGCUUAAAUGGACUAGAAUCACAUGUAUCUAAUCAUUCCAAAGAGAAAUGGCUGCUUCUCCAUGUACUCAAACCAUGACUUGAGUUAAGCACUCAGUAUAUAUUAGGCUGUUCCGUUGUUCCGUUAGGUCUCAGAACCUCGUUUAUUACUAUUGGAACUAAAC